AUCUUCUUACGAACUAUUUUCGUUAAUACUAUUAUAUGGAAUCUGUGAUGUGACUUUAAUCAAUGUGUGUUAUUGAAAUUAAAACUCUAAAAAUGGUGGAAAACAGUUCAAAUUUGCGGGAACCCGGCAAAAACACGAGUGUUCAAAGAACAGUGGCAUGUUUUAUCAGUGCGUGUCGAAAAUUAAAUAGUUUGGAGAGCAUUUAUGCGGGUCUAUUUGUGUUGCUUGUGCCAUCAGUUGUUUGUAAAGCAGACUGGCCAAGACAUCUAACAUACGAGCAAAUAUACAACAACACACACUACGCACAGUUACAAACUGUGUACAAGCCAUACACCGCAGUCAGUAGUUUUAGCAGCCAUGUAAAUAGUCCUAAGUACAUCCACAAUGACACCAGGAGUAAUGAGGUUGAGGAACGACCUCAUUAUAAGGAUGCUAGUGGUCUACUGCUGGUGGGAUUCGCCAGGGAUCCCUUUAGGUACUCCGUGCCUGAAGACGAUUAUAGGAAAGGGGUCAGGAACAUAGAUCCCCAAGUAUACAUGAGUAAGACGGAGAACCGUGGCAAGCGUGGCGUGUUCCACCUGUACAACAUGAUGUACUGCGCCACUGGCUGCGAUCCUCUCGCUUAUAAAGGCUAUGGAUGCUACUGCGGCUUCCUUGGAGAAGGGCGACCUACUGACGGUAUUGACAGGUGUUGCAAGCUCCACGACGAAUGUUACGAGAACAUCUACUGUCCAUUCUAUACAGUAUACUUGCAGCCUUACUUCUGGAAGUGCUACCAUGGACAGCCUCUGUGUGCGCUGGAGAACUUUGACUCACAGCAUGACUUCAUUAACCGGUGUGCUGGACGACUUUGCGAAUGUGAUAGACAAUUCGCUAUGUGUGUGAGAAGGUACCGGUGUCCUCGACGACGAGCUCUGUGUCGAUCCUCCCCGAUACGACUGCUGCAAAACCUGCUCAUGUUCCGAUGACAUAAACCAACAGAUGCAACAUUAAUAUCACAUAGAAAGAAAAAAAAUUUGCUCUACUAACCAGAUCUUGGCUCGUUAGCCUUUAUUGACCUUCUGAGCUACUUACUAUGACAUUUUUUAACUGAUCAAAUAGUAAAAAAAAUAUGCUAUUGUACAAAUUAAAUAUAUGUAUAGUUACCAAGUCAUUCCUAUGGAAUGGUUACCAUAAU